AUGGUCUCUAUAGCAAUGCGACCCAGGUUUUCCUCACAACAUAGCUCGAGGCAUUGGCUGAGAUCAAGUUUACGCGCAAGGUCAACGAGGUCCGCCAUCGUACGAGGGAAAACACAGCUGAAAUUGCGGCCCCUACGAAUCGCCUGCCAAGAUGCUACUGCUCAAAUGGCUCUCAUUCAGUUCAUGUCUGCAGGGCUUGAAUCUACUGCAGUUCCAACAACAGUACACUGUGAUCACCUGAUUGUUAGUCGCGACGGCGAGACUGAAGAUCUUCCUCGCGCUCUCGAGGCCCACCAAGAGGUGUACGAGUUCAUGGAGAGUGCCUGUCAAAGAUAUAAUAUGGGCUUCUGGAAGCCUGGCGCUGGAAUUAUUCAUCAGAUUGUGCUCGAAAAUUACGCUUUCCCCGGUGGUAUCAUGGUCGGGACUGAUUCUCAUACCCCAAAUGCUGGAGGUAUGGGGAUGAUUGCGAUCGGAGUGGGUGGAGCUGAUGCAGUGGAUGUCAUGGCUGGUUUACCGUUGGAGUUAACAGCACCUCGUGUGCUUGGUGUUAAAUUGACCGGAGAACUCACUGGAUGGUCAUCUCCCAAAGAUGUGAUCAACAAGCUUGCCAGUCUGAUAUCUGUCAAGGGCGGGACUGGAUCCAUUGUCGAAUACUUUGGGCCAGGCACAAAGGGACUCUCGGCGACUGGAAUGGCCACAAUCUGUAACAUGGGGGCCGAGACAGGUGCUACCACGUCCAUCUUCCCUUACUCUCCCCAGAUGGCAGCGUAUCUUCGUGCAAACCACAGACCAGACAUGGCUCAAGCGGUUGAGUCGGUCUCCCAUGAGCUGUGUGCUGACCAUGGGGCAGAGUACGAUCGUGUCAUAGAGAUUGAUCUAUCAACCUUGGAACCACAGAUCAAUGGACCCUUUACUCCAGAUCUCGCUACCCCAUUGUCCAAGUUCCAGUCGGCUGUGAAGGGGAACGGGUGGCCAAAGCUCACAGCUGGUCUCAUCGGAUCGUGUACCAACUCCUCAUUCGAAGACAUGACACGCGCCGCUAGUGUUGCUCAACAAGCACUGGAUGCUGGUCUCAAACCAAAAGUACCUCUUCUGGUGUCUCCCGGCAGUUUACAGACUCGACGAACACUCGAAAACGCUGGGAUUGUUGAUGUCCUUGAAAAGGUUGGGGCGACGAUGCUGACCAAUGCCUGUGGUCCCUGCUGUGGCUCUUGGGACCGUGCUGACAUGCCAAAAGGGACGCCCAACUCCAUCGUUACCUCAUACAAUCGCAACUUUUCAGGUCGUCUAGAUUCUAACCCAGCAACUCAUGUAUUUCUUUCCUCCCCGGAGGUUGUCAUGGGCAAAAUAUUCUCUGACGAUCUUUCAUUCAACCCAAAUGAGGACAGUCUGACGACUCCCUCAGGAGAGGAAUUUCGCUUUACUCCUCCUGUUGGCCAGUCACUUCCCAGCCGGGGAUAUGAAGAUUCAGAUUCUGCCUACCUAGCCCCUCCUCCAGGUGACCGCAGUCAUAUCCAAGUUCAGAUUCCUCCCUCCUCCCAGCGCCUGCAGAAGCUCGCCCCAUUCAAGCCCUGGUCCGGAACUGAUUUCGAGGACUGCCUCAUUCUCAUCAAAACCAAGGGCAAGUGUACCACCGACCAUAUCACUCCCGCCGGGCCCUGGUUCCGUUUUCGGGGUCACCUUGAGAACAUCUCGAACAAUACCUUGAUCGGGGCAGUCAACGCGGAAACUGAGCAGGUCAACCAGAUCCGCAAUCGCUUGACAGGUGAAGAUGGCGGCGUGCCCGACACAGCUCGGGACUAUCAAGCCAAAGGUCGCCCUUGGGUAGUGAUUGCCGACCAUAACUACGGGGAGGGAUCCUCCCGUGAACACGCCGCUCUCCAGCCUCGGUACCUUGGAGGCGUUGCCAUCAUCGCUAAAAGCUUUGCGCGUAUUCAUGAGGCCAAUCUGAAAAAGCAAGGAAUGCUACCACUUACCUUCGCCGAUGAGGCGGAUUAUGACCGCAUCUGUUCUUCGGAUCUUGUCAGUAUCAAGGGUCUGGCGACCUUGACUCCUGGCCAACCACUCACACUCUUGGUAACUCCCACGGAAUCCUCUAGUGAGCCCUGGCAGGCGGAGGUUUCUCAUUCGUUUACCCAGGAGCAGAUUGAGUACUUUAAGGCUGGCAGUGCACUUAAUCUGAUGUCUAAGCAUCUUUCCUAG